CACCGAGAGUGAUAUAAAGAGAAGCAAGAAACAAUUUCACGUUUCGUCUGACUCUACUUCAACAAAUACUCUACACACCACGCAUGUAUUCGCCGCCCACCGCUACCAGAACAUCAUAGACAACCUGCUGUACGAAAUAUCCAGGCUGUCGGGGCUCACAUUGGCACAACGGAGAUCACCGGAUGUCCUGAGGGGAACGGUGCAAUUUAUGGCUUACGUCAGGGACUACUUGACCUAUUAUCAUAAAGCGCGAACAUGCCCAGGCAACUUCGAGAACGUCGGAGGCACCUGCCUGUACCUUGCCAAGGAAAAAACAGCGCGUUGGGAUCAUGCUCGGACGUACUGCAAGAAUCUGGGAGGAGAUUUGGCCGUAUUCAAAGAUGCCAAUGCAUUUACUGCAGGUCUAGAUUAUGUAAAAGAUCAACAAUUGGUCCGGAACACGCAAAUAUGGAUAGGCGCUACUGACAGGCACCGCGAGAAUCACUGGAAGUGGAUCACGGGUCAAAGGAUAACGAGGGUAACGCCCUUUUGGGGCAAACAUUAUUU